AUGUUUCAUCUUUCACAAAUCGUCCUCGCUUGCUUGCUGGUGUCUCAAUCGACCCUCGGUUUCAGUCCCAAUGGGACCCUUAGAACUGUUUCCACGCUGAACAGCUUGAGCAGCAGCAGUGAAACAACACAAGCCUUGUAUGCGCCUUCGGCUCGUGAUGAAAAGUACGGCAGCAACAUUGCCCAAUACUUGGUAGAUUUGCACGAUUCCAAAGCGACAUUUAACUUUUGCGGUGGAAUGAUGUUCCAAUUAGCAUUGACGGACAAGUUGCGUGACUAUCUUGGUGAGGUAGCUGCUUCUUCCACUAAGAACAAGGACCAACAACCAGUCAUUUUCCCCGCUACAAUUCCUCGCAUGUCUGGAACCCCCGAGUAUUCAAGAACUUCGCUCGCUGAUAAUGUUCACAUAUUCCAUGGUCGAGAGAUUCGCCAAGUUGAAAAUGCGGAAGGGGGGAUGGGAAUGGUCCUCCAAUUGAGUCUGGCAGAUGGAGACGAUCCACAAGGAUGGACCUCUGCUGAAAUUAAGGGCUAUGAUGGUUGGGGGCAUGAUAGUGGACGGGAUUGGAGAAACGGUGUCCGAUUGGUUCAAGAAGGAUACAAAAGCUUUCAGGAAAACUUUGGAAAGAAUGCCUUUGCUCUGCAUCACCGAUUUUACCUACACAUGGACCAAGGAGACAGCAUGUGGCUUUCCGCGGAGGAUGGUUGCGAGGGAACGCCUCAAGAGAGUGCCAGCUCUAUUUUUCUGCUUUGA